AUGAUAGGAAGAGCCGACAUCGAAGGAUCAAUAUGCAUGUCCAGACAGUCAUGUCAUUUAAAUCUCACCCUGUGUGUGGGGCAGGUCCGGGCUUUGCUUACGGAAGAGCUUCUGGAGGAGACCCGACGAGAGAAAGAGGAGAGUCUGCGCCGGUUUCAGGAUGCAGUUCGUAAACGUGUUUCACAGCAGGUCCAUCUGCGCAAGCAACAGCAGCUACUGAAAUCAUAUGAGACAGUUGAAUGUGAGGACAAAGUAUUGCAACAAACCAGCCAUCGCCUUACACCUCAAACCAAUGUAUUCCCUUCCUGGACACAUGGGGAGCGAGUUAUCUGCAGUCCCAGCUCUCGCUUGGUCAGUGCUCAGGGGACAGAGGCCAUUUCUUCCAGUCAGCACACACAUCAUGUACGGGUCAGUAAAGUCAGGAAGCAGGUGAGACACAGACUUGCUGCUCGUCAAAUAGUGCAAGAUGGAGAUGAACUAUCACAGCUACCUGGUGGGAGAUGGAAAAUAUCCCCAGCUAGAAAUAAACCCGAAUCACAUACUUUGAGUGAUCAGAAGGAUUAUACUGAAGGUUCGAAUGAUGGAGGAGAGGAAAACGAGCAGGAUGUUGACUCGGAAGAUGAGAUGCUGUUGGGGCAACAUGAUCAACCUCUUCAUUUGCAUCACCACAGAAGCAAGGCUGUAACUUUUCAGAACGAUAGGGUCUAUGGUCCAGAUCCCACGGCUUCCCACACAGGCUUUACUACUGAAUACAGAGCGUCCCAAGUGCUUUGGCCUCAUGAGAAUCAGGAGGAGCUAAAGAGGCAGAGGCAGUCUCAGUUCCUCAUGUAUCGACGUCACUUCAUGGAUACUGAGCGAGAGCAAGUGAAGGAGCAUCAAAGGCACAGGAAACAUCUUAAGAGAACUGCAAGGAUUAAGAAUGAAAAAGAACAACUCAGGAAAGCUGAAGAGAAGAAGAUGGAAAGGCAGCGACAGCUGGAGGAAGAAAGAAAAGACAUGGCUGAGAGGGAGUAUUUGAUUUUGGAGCGAUUGAGGCUUGAUGAGGAGGAGGCAGCAGAGAAGGUAGAGAGACGAGAAAGAACAAAAGGGAUCAAAGAAAGCAAACGGUACAUUGAGGCUAUGCAGGCUCUGCUGAAGGAGAAACUGAAGAAGGACAAGGUACAGCUGCCUCCUCUGUGUUCCUGUGGAGACACUUUCUGGGACAGCCAUCCUGACACCUGCGCCAACAACUGUAUCUUCUACAACAAUCCAAAAGCAUAUGCUCAGGCUCUGCAGUCUGUCUUGCUUAGCUGUGAUCUGAAGGAAGGAGGUCUUGGACAGUAUUCGUCCACCUGGAAGGCAUCCUCUAUGGAAGUCCAUUCUCAAAGAAAGUGAUUGUAUGAACGUGUUUUAAGAUUAGACAGCCAUAACUGUUAUUUUGUAUUAACUUAAUGAGUACAUGGUGUGAAAUUUUUACAUUGUACUCAUGUAUGGUUUUAAAUAAACUGACAUACCUCAACUUGAGCAAUAUUUUUAUUGUUUUAGUAAACCUUAAUGAACUGAGAAAUUCAAUUGUUUGAUUGUUUGUGUCACAGGUUGGUUUUAUUAGAGCGCCUAAAUGCAGUGCUUGAAUUGAAGCCCAUAAGGCAUUAGGGACCUCCCAUACAAAGUAAAAAUUUUCAUUUUUAUAUAUUUUUAUUUUAGUAGGGAUAAAAGACAAAUCUGAUUAAAUUCAUGCAGUUAGAAUACGGUAAAUUCUGUGAAAUAAUUAUUUAUAAUGUGACUGAAGUCUGUUUCAUGUCUCUUUAAAAUGUAAACGCCCCUACAUCUAAGACCGCUAAGGGUGAAGGCUCCGGUGAAGCUAACUUUAGUGAAAAAAUGGAGAAUAAUAAACCUUCACUUGACUUUU